UCGAGAAACCAAAGGCUACCGUUCUCUGGCGAACCGACCGGGCCAUAAUUGACGAAGCCGCUUAGCUUUACCGUCCGGGUUUCAAGCGUACUUCUCAUGGUUAAUGCGGAGACCACGAUCUCGCCGUCUCCGAUCCCUGCCUCAGGCCGUGCUCUUUCCGUUCCCCUUCCUCCUCUAACUGCCGCCGUCUCCUCUUUGAGGUUGGGAUUCCAUCUCCGUCUUCAGAAUGGGUUCUGGUUUAUUACUGGAAACCAUCUCCGUGUGGAGAGACCCGUCCAAGUGCAGGCCUCCCCACCUCCUCCGAUGGAAUCCUCUCCUCCAACCUCCUCGACCCUAUUUCCUCGUCGUCGGAUCUCGGAAACCCAUCGGGUUCCCCCUCAGAUGCACUCCGAGGCCGCCGUCCGCCACCGCCGAGAAGAAAAAGGAUCGCCCCCCGGGCGCGGCGCUGCGAUUCGUCCUUGAUACCUUGGACAGGCUCAAGAAACCGGCGGCCGCCAUCGUCUUGCUCGGGUUCCUCCUCACCGUCGAUCCGUGUGGCGCCCUCGCGGCGUCAGGGGGACGGAUGGGCGGGACGGCCUUCUCCUCCUCGUCCUCUCGGUCGCACUCGUCCUCUUCCUGGUGUUACUCGGAUCCUCCCGUCUCAAGCCUCUCUUACUCGGCGCCCUACUACACUCCCUCGCCGUUCGGAGGGGGGCUCUACGUGGGGCCGGCCGUCGGCGUGGGUUUCGGCGCGGGGUCGGGCUUCUUCCUCCUCAUGUUGGGGUUCGUGGCGGUUAUUUUGCUCUCUGGGUUCCUCCCGGAUCGAGCAGACGAUUGGAGCGUCCUCACGGCCACGCAAAGGACCAGCGUCAUCAAACUUCAGGUUGGCCUGUUGGACACUGCACGAUCGUUUCAAAAAGAUCUUGAUCAGAUUGCUGAAGCUGCAGACACAUCUACUGCAGAGGGGUUGAAUUACAUUUUAACAGAGACAACAUUGGCUUUGCUUCGUCAUCCAGAUUGCUGCAUCUCUGCUUACUAUUCUGUGGACAUGAAACGUAGUAUCGACGAUGGGGAGAAAUGUUUCAAUCAACUUUCAAUUGAAGAGCGAGGUAAAUUUGAUGAAGAGACACUUGUGAAUGUGAACAACAUUAGAAGACAAAAAACAAGCAAGAAAACAUUCAAAAGUUUCAGCAACGAGUAUAUUGUGGCCACGAUUCUGGUUGCUGCUGAGGGUGUAUACAGACUACCUGUCAUAAAUGGCAGCGGGGACUUGAAAGAGGCACUGCAGAAGCUCGGUUCUAUACCUUCUAGCAAAACACUGGCUGUGGAGGUUUUAUGGACACCACAAGAUGAGAAUGACACCCUUUCAGAAAGGGAGCUUCUCGAGGACUAUCCACUUUUGAGACCCUUGUGAGAGAAACUAUUUUGUUGUAAUUUGCUUGGCUUGUGGAUAAAAUAUGUGCAUACUCUACUAAUUGCUUGCUUGGGCUCUCAAAGAAGACAUCAAAAAUUCCA